UUUUGUUUUUUUCAAGUCUAAGCAGAACACAAAGGCAACACUAUCACAGGCGCAUGCACGAGUGAGUCAGUGACCCACCGAGCACACCAACAAUAUCCAACAUUUUCAGAGACAGAGCAUUGGGAUCCUCCAAAAGACACAAUCAGUUAACUAGCCCCAUGCAGCAGCAGCCAGCAACGUCCAGACUUUUCUGUGACAGAAUAUUGGGAUCCUGCAAGAGACACAACCUGUCCCAGAGCCCCAUGCAGCAGCAGCAAACAACGUCCAGGAUUUUCAGAGACAGAAUAUUGGGAUCCUCCAAAAGACACAGCCAGUUGCAGAGCCCCAUUGAUCAGCAUCAGCAGCCAACAAUGUCCAACAUUUCCAGAGACGGAGAAUUGGGAUACUCCAAAAGACACAACCAGUUCCAGAACCCUAUGCAGCAGCAUCCCGUAUACUCGAUCGAAGACCUGCCCUAUCCAUUCGGAGACCUGACCCCAAAUCUCUCAGUCUCUGAGCUCCGAGAAACUGCUUAUGAGAUCCUUGUCGCGGCGUGCCGGAGCACCGUAACACUGCCUUUGACUUGCAUUCCGCAGCCCGAGAAAGCUGACCGUGCUCCGACGAUCCCGGCGUGGGCUUCAUUGCAAAGGUCGCUGAAGUCUUUUGUGGCUAGCCGGGUGAAGAAGGCGCUGGGGCCAAAAACAUCAUUGACUUCGAAGGGUUGGGGUGGCGAUGGUGACUCAGUGAGUCAAGGGCGAGGGAAGAAGCAGGUCACAGUUGGGGAGUUUACGAGGGUCCAGAUGAGGGUUUCGGAGCAAACUGAUUCGAGAAUUAGGAUUGCCAUACUGAAGAUCGUUGCUGGGCAGGUUGGAAGACGGAUAGAGUCGGUGGUUUUGCCACUAGAGCUAUUACAGCAAUUCAAGUCUUCAGAUUUUCCAAGUCAGCAAGAAUAUGAGGCUUGGCAAAGGAGAAAUUUAAAGGUUCUGGAAGCAGGGCUUCUUCUGCAUCCUCGUCUGCCGCUGGAGAAGACAAACUCUGCAGCGCAACGGCUCCAGCAGAUUAUUCGUGGGGCCUUAGAUUAUUCGUGGUGGGGCUCACAGUCAGUGCAAGUCUUGCAAAGUGUUGUUAUGACUCUUGCUUGCAGAUCAUAUGACGGGUCUGCUUCUGAGAUAUGCCACUGGGCAGAUGGAUUUCCAUUGAACCUCAGGCUCUACCAAAUGCUCUUAGAAGCAUGCUUUGAUCUUAACGAAGGAACAUCUGUUAUUGAAGAGGUCGAUGAGGUUUUAGACCUCAUAAAGAAGACCUGGGUAAUCCUCGGAUUGAACCAAAUGCUGCAUAAUCUUUGCUUCUCAUGGGUUCUAUUCCACCGUUAUGUUGCAACUGGCCAAGUGAAAAAUGAACUUCUGUUUGCAUCGAAUAAUCUGUUGAUGGAAGUCGAAAAAGAUGCCAAGGAAAUUAGGGAUCCAGUUUCCUCAAAGGUUUUGAGCUCUACAUUGAGUGUGAUAUUAGGCUGGGCGGAGAAAAGGCUUCUUGCUUACCAUGAUACUUUCCACAGCGGUAAUAUUGAAUCAUUGCAAAGUAUUGUUUCUAUAGGGUUAUUAUCUUCGAAAAUAUUGGUAGAAGAUAUUUCUCAUGAGUAUCGUUGGAAGAGUAAAGAAGUUAAUGUCACCUGUGGAAGGGUUGAAACUUAUAUAAGAUCGUCACUUCGCGCUGCUUUUGCUCAGGCGGUGAACUCAAGCUACCAUGUAUCUAACAACCAGAACAGUUCUCUUCAUGCCCUUUGCAUCCUUGCACAAGACACUAGCAAACUGGCUCUUAAUGAGAAAGAGAUAUUUAGUCCAAUUCUAAAAAAGUGGCACCCUCUUGCAGCAGGUGUUGCCAUAGCUACCCUUCAUUCUUGCUAUGGGAAUGAACUGAUGCAAUUCAUAAUGGGUAUUAGUGAAUUGACACCAGAUGCAAUACAAGUGCUGAAAGCUGCUGACAAAUUGGAAAAAGAUCUUGUGCAGAUUGUAAUUGAAGAUGCUGUGGACAGCGAGGAUGGUGGGAAGUCUAUUAUACGAGAGAUGCUUCCUUAUGAGGCUGAAGCUGUGAUAGCCAAUAUGGUAAAGUCAUGGAUAAAGACAAGAGUGGACAGACUAGAGGAAUGGACUAAUAGGAAUCUGCAACUGGAGGUCUGGAAUCCACGAGCCAACAAAGAGCGAAUUGCUCCUUCUGCUAUUGAAGUUCUACGGACCAUAGAUGCAACUUUAGAAGUAUUCUUUCUGCUGCCGAUUCCUAUGCAUCCGAUCUUCCUUCCUGAAUUGAUGAAUGGUUUCGACAGAGGUCUUCAACAUUAUAUAUUGAAGGCCAAGUCUGGUUGUGGGAUGCGAAAUACUUACGUUCCCAUUAUGCCUGCUUUGACUAGAUGUUCUACAAGAUCAAAGUUCCAUGGUGUAUCCAAAAAAAAGGAAAAAACACAAAUAACAAAGAAGAGGAAAUCCCAUGUUGCAACUUCCAAUAGGGAUAACUCCCUUGGGAUACCCCAGCUCUGUGUUCGUCUAAAUACCUUGCAGCAUAUACAAACUGAGCUGGGAGUUUUGGAGAAGAGAAUACUUGUGGAUAUUGAAAAUGCUGAACGCACUCAUGGGGACAUUAUUACAGAUGGGACAAUGGAAAGGUUUGAGCUUUCAGCAAUUGCUUGUGCAGAAGGGAUGCAACAACUCUGUGAGGCAAUGGCAUAUAAAAUCAUCUUCCAUGACCUAAGUCAUGUUCUUUGGGAUUCCCUAUAUGUUGGGGAAGUUUCUUCUUCUAGGAUUGAACCCUUCCUCCAGGAGCUUGAGCAAUUUUUGGAGAUUAUUUCAUUAACAGUGCAUGACAGAAUAAGAACUCGUGUCAUUACUGACAUAAUGAAAGCUUCUUUUGAUGGUUUCCUGCUGGUUCUGCUUGCUGGGGGCCCUUCUCGUGCUUUCUGUCAACAAGAUUCAGCAAUAAUAGAGGAGGAUUUUAACUUUCUCAUAGAUCUAUUUUGGUCCAAUGGGGAUGGAUUGCCAGGUGAUCUAAUAGACAAUUAUUCGACCACAGUUAAAGCCAUUCUUUCUCUACUUGGUACAGAUACAGAGAGCUUGAUCGAGCAGUUCAGACGUUUAAAUCUCGAGACAUUUGGCUCUGCUAAAUCUAAGCUUCCAUUGCCUCCAUGUUCAGGUGAAUGGGAUCCAACUGAACCCAACACGAUUUUAAGAGUCUUGUGUAACCGUAAGGAUGAGACGGCUGCAAAGUUUCUUAAAAAGACUUACAAUUUGCCUAAGAAAUUAUAACAACUUUGGGUUCCGAAAAUGAUAUGACUUAAAUGAUGCAUUCAUGAUUCAUGGGUAAGAAAUGCUGCUUGGUCGGUCAUUCCUGCCUUUGCCAAUAACUAUCAUGUUAGAAACGAAUAGCACACAGAGAUUGAAAAUGGCAAAA